CAUGGCGGAGGCGCGGCCGGGGCUGGCGGGGCUGCAGCUCAGCGCGCUGCCCGACCACUCGCCGCUGCUGCAGCCCAGCCUGACCGAGCUGCGGCGCCGGGCCCGGGCGGCCGGCGCUCCGCUGGCCGGGCGGCUGCUCAGCGACGCCUUCCUGCUGCGGUUCCUGCGCGCCCGGGACUUCGAUCUGGACCUGGCCUGGCGGUUACUGAAAAACUACUUUAAGUGGAGAGCAGAAUGUCCAGAAAUAAGUGCAGAUCUCCACCCUAGAAGCAUCCUCGGGCUCCUGAAGGCGGGCUAUGUCGGCGUCCUGAGAGCCCGGGACCCCACCGGCAGCAAAGUUCUGAUUUACAGAAUUGCACACUGGGACCCGAAAGUUUUCACAGCUUAUGAUGCAUUUCGUGUGAGUCUCAUCACGUCGGAGCUUAUUGUCCAGGAGAUAGAGACACAGCGGAAUGGAAUCAAGGCUGUCUUUGAUUUGGAAGGCUGGCAGUUUGCUCAUGCCUUUCAAAUUACCCCCUCUGUAGCCAAGAGGAUUGCUGCUGUUCUCACGGAUUCCUUUCCAUUAAAAGUUCGUGGUAUCCAUUUGAUAAAUGAGCCAAUAAUUUUCCAUGCUGUCUUUUCCAUGAUUAAACCAUUUCUGACUGAAAAAAUUAAGGAACGGAUUCAUAUGCAUGGGGACAACUACAAGCAAAGCUUACUCCAGUAUUUCCCAGACAUUCUUCCACUGGAAUACGGUGGUGAAGAGUACUCCAUUGAGGACAUCUGUCAGGAGUGGACAAAUUUUAUAAUGAAGUCGGAAAACUAUCUCAGCAGCAUUUCACAGACGGUUAAAGAAGAAGUUAUUUAAUGUGAAAGGUUUCCUGAUUAAAAAUUCAUGACUGAGAUCCUAUCUGGUUAUAUGAAUGAAAGAAAAGGAAUCUUUAAAUUAAUGCUUUUCUGAUUUUUUUUUCUAAUGGAAAAAUCUUCUAACUUGAGCAAUGUGGGUAUUUGGGAAACUUCUUUACUUUUUAAGUAGCUUUUCUUUACCUUAGAAGUAAUUAAAUGUUAGUAUUCCUUAAAAGCAUAGAAGGGAUUCCUUUUUUGGCAUUUGAAAGAAAGUUAUCUCUGAAGUACCGUCAUGUGUACUUUUGUGUUUCUCAAAAGUUUUAUUUUAAAAAACUUUUCUGGUUACGUAGGUUUAAUUAUAAAUGAAUAAAUAGUCCAUUGAAGAGAAAUAUUUGCACAAGUCAAAUGACUACAAAAACCUAUUCACACUCUUUUUGGGUGUGUGUCAGAUUAGACUAUAAUUCAGAUUGAAAUAUGAAUACAGUUUUACAUAGUUAUUUCCAAGGGCCAGCAAAGUAGUUCACCUCAGGGAAAUUCUAUUUAGCAUAUUUGCACAAUAGAAACUUUUGACUGAAGUCCAUAUGCAAUAAACGAUUAUGUGUUCCAUCAGGUCUCUAUGAAAUUAUUCAUGUUGAUACAAUUAAUUCCAUAGAAAUUCAGAGAUGGAAUAAUAUUUGGUUGCCAUAUACAUGGACUCUAUUUUUAAUUGAACAGUAACAUGACUACACAAGGGGAAGGAAAUGUUUACAUUGUAAAAUCUCUGUCAGUUACAUCUGGAUCUUUGCAGACUAUGCAUGAAAUAAUUUGGGUUUUAGUAUAUUAUCAGAACAUUCUAGCCAAAUCCUACAAUCAUAUUUACUUAAAAAAAUCAGUAGUUAAAAUGUGCUGUUUGUACUGUACUGUUUGUACUAAUACAUAUUUCAUUUAUUGAGAAAGAUGUCAAUACAACUUUCAAUUUAUGACAAUUUUUACAGUAUUUUAUAAUUUUUGAAUUUUAUUUUAAACCUAAUGAAACAACACAGGAUACAAAAUUUGUUAAACAUUUUUUAGCUUAGUUGGGUUUCAACAUUAAUCAUACAAUAUUAGCUUUGUGAAAGAAUAUGUAAAGGCUGUUUUUCUUUAUAAGAAAAUUAUUCUAAUCAGAUGAGCUGGUACUUAUGACUCUUUGUACAUAUAUCUGUAAAAAAUCAAAUGAUUAUGAAUGUUCUUUAGAGAACGUCUUAAUUGUGAUUUAGCAUUGGGAAGCUAACUGUACAUUAUAAUUUUUAUUUAAAAAAUUAGAUUAUGCUUGUUUUCUAAAAAAUGAUAAAACAUUCUUUAUAAAAUCAUAAAUUUAGAACUGUUUAGUUAAAAAUAACAGCAGAAUAAAACCAUUUUAAAAGUGUAAAUAAUAGCAACAACAAAAAGCUCUAGUUUACCCAACUUUUAUUCUUACAAGGUUUACAUCACAAAGGUCCACUUCAUUCACAUUUUGGGAACUUAAACCACUUUCUUCUGACUCUAUAAAACAGUGAUUACUUUAGCACAAUAGAUAGUAUUCUUAAAUGUCUUUUAAAUAUUAUUCAUUGGUGAUGUUAUUAAUAGUAAAUAGAAUUAAAGUAAGUCCAACAGAAGUACAUUUCAUGAUAGGAUUUUGAAUUUUUUACCAAAUGCAGCGAUUCACUGAGGAACAUUAAAAGAACAAUGUAAAAUGAACAGGCAGUUUUAUAAGGUGGCAAGAUAAAUCACUAUUGAAUUGUCUCUAUUACUUUACUGUAAUUGCACCAGAAGUGCCUUUUGAAAGACUAACACGUGCUCAUUGUUACCGAACUGCAUGAUAAUGUAUUUGUUCUAAUAUUGUUCAAAACAAAAUAAAGAUUUUUCACACAAACUA